AUGCAUCUCGAGGUAGUCGAAGUCUUAGCGCUCGCGGGUGAGGGAGCGGCUGGCAGCCACUGGUCCCGCAACACUGCACGGCCUAGAUACUCGCUAGGCACGGACGAGGCCAAGCAGGCCAGCUUCCACCACUCCUUCACCUGCUUCGACGUGGCGGAGAGAGUGGAGGCGGACCAUGAUAUUGUCUUCGCAGGAAGGAGCAACGGAGCAGUUGUGCUUUGGCGGAUGGUUGCCCGCAAUAUGUUUGGCGGGGCGAACAAGAACGACCGCGUGCAGGAGCCCCUCAUCACCGCCUCACCUCAUCGGGGUGCCGUCACCUGCCUAACGCACACCCGUCAAGGAACCUACGGCUCCUUGAUAGGGCCACUGAUGUUCAGCGGAUCAGCUGACCAUACUGUCAAGGUGUGGAAUGCAUGGGCUGGUCCUCCGUUCAAGGAAGCUUGCCUACAGACGAUGGCCGAGCACAGGGGUGGAGUGACGGCCCUAGCGUUUGCUGGAGACACAACGCUAAUCUCUACAGCUCGAGACGGGAGUGUACGACUAUGGCGGCCGCAGCGGGGUCGAAAGCUCUUGCGCUUCCCUUUCUUCUGCUGCGUGAAGUGCUUAUCCGUCUAUCCUACAGCAGUGGGACGAGGCAUGUCUCGAUCAAUCGGGGCAGGGCAACCAGGAGCUUUCGUGCAUGUGUGGCCGACGGCAGCAUGUGUUGCUGGUGGGGAGACGUGGACUUUCUACUGCGGCGACAGCAACGGUACGGUAUCUGUUUUCCAACGAGCUCCGACAUCUGCGGCGAAACGCCUGGCCAACGCAAGAAAAACUUCCGACAUUCUCACCAUGAACCAGUUGGCAGAUGAUGAAGUGACUCUCCACAGAAGGUGGACCCAUCUGCACAGCCUUGCCAUUACGGGGCUUGUUCUUGUGGCAGAACACAACUUUCUUCUCAGCGUGGGGAAUGACGGGGCUUGCCGAGUUCUCGACUAUCUACAGGGAAACACCUUCAUGACGAUUGAGAGCGACGGCCACAGCCUUUUUACGUCCGUGGCGUGGGAUCUAGCUCACGAGCAGCUCGUGCUAGCGGAUGCUUCCGGUGUGGUACAAGUUUGGAACACCUAUACGGAAUCGCUUCUUCUCAAGAAAAAGGUGGCGAAGGCAGUCACGUACAUCGGCCCUCGCAAAGGCCAAUCGCUGAAGGCGCUGAUGGGCUUUCACUCAUCCAAGGCGGACGGCAUGAUGUACGGCAUGUCUCCCUCGGAAGGCUGCUUCUUCCGGUGGAAGCUGGUCAAAGCCGAAAGCAGUGUCUUAAUUGGGCGCCAUGACGACAGUAUACUAGGCCUGGGCUUCCAGGGGGCAUCGGCCUUUCCCAGUCGACGAAACGCCCCCUCUAAUGAUGGCGGGAUUGAUGUCGCUGGGCGGGCUGGGAAUGUGCAAAAGCUUGAAGACAGAAGCGAAAAAAAAAACGUCUACGAGAGCGACGGCAGCUGCACUGCCGUGGUGGGGACGACUUGCAAAGAGCUUGAAGGAACAGGACUAGAAAGCGACGGCGACAAACGACCAACAGACCAACGCGGUAGUCAUGGUAGUAUGGGCGGGGUAGCAGAGAUCCACAACAGCGACACAGAAGCAUCAGAGGAGGACACGAAAGAGGAGGAGGAGGGGGGGCAGGAGGAGGAAGAAGGGAAAGAGGAGGAGGCCGGCUUUGGGUUGGUGGUCCUAUCGGCAAGCAUGAACGGUGUCAUCAGGGCAUGGGAGACGCUCGGAAAGAGCGAGAAGUACUGCAUGCGGCAUUCAGGAGGCGUAGAGGUGACAAGCAUGCUCGUACUACCGGGAGGGUCUGUCUUAGUCACAGGAACGGACGACGGAAGCGUGAGGUUCUGGCAACUAGACACAGGGGCAGGAGAAUCAUUUCAAGCUCACGACAAUACCGUCAGUGCUCUUGCGGCGUAUAGGGAUCAACUGGGAUCAUUGGUGCUUGCCAGUGCGGGCUUUGAAGGCGCGAUCAUCAUUUGGAGAGCGCAUGCGAAGGAUGGCUUGAAGAAAGAUCGAGUGCCCACGGUAGAUUAUUGCGUUCGUGACGCUCAUGGGGCCUUGGACGGAUUGGACGGCGAAAUCCUUUGUUUGGCUUUCGUUGCUUCAGAUGUGCCGGUGUUGGCCAGCGCGGGCAAUGAUCGCGUUGUGCGAUGCUGGCGCCUCCGGGAGCGUACGUGCAUCUUACUGCUGGUGCUAGAGGGCCACGAGGAUUCCAUCGAAGCGCUAGUUUCUGACGGACUUUUCCUUUUCAGUGGAAGCUGUGAUGGGGCCGUUCGAAUAUGGAAUGUUUCCAAUCUUGGGCACGAAGACAACGUCAGUCUUGGAGACAAUAGCAGGCAUCGAGGUGAAAUGGGACGAACGGAAACUAUGAUGGUGGGGGCUUUCAAGGCGCAUCCGAACGGAGUUUCUGGCAUGGCCGUCAUGACCAGCGAGCGAAACAGCCGUGUUGACGUCGUUUACGCAGGACGAGAAUCACAAGAGGCGGGAGGGUUGAUCGCGACUUGUGGAAAGGCAGAGGGGAUCGUUAAAAUAUGGGAUUACACGCAUGUGGAAGAUGACGGUACCUGCGGAAGGUAG